AUGGCGCCGUUGCCGCGGACGGAGCCAAUAGGAAGCGGCGUUGUUGGUGAGCGGGACAAAAUGGCGGCGCUGCGCCCGGUGAGCCGCAGCUUGUCCCUGCUGCGUGGUUUUCCCUUCCCGCCGCUGCCGAACGCUCUGGAGCCGCUUCCCGGGAGCUCCAGCGCCGCCGUUCUCCGCCGCCUCCCGGUGCCGCCGUGGGGUUUCCAGCAAAGCCGGGGGAAAUCCCGGGGGAACGAGUACCAGCCCAACAACUGGAAGAGAAAGAAGACUCACGGCUGGAUCAAACGGAUCCGAACUGCGGGCGGGAUCGCCGUGAUCCUGCGGCGGAUGCUGAAGGGGAGAAAAUCCCUGAGCCACUGAGGCAGCGCCGGGAAUUCCCCGGGAAUUCUCCUCCGGGAAUCCUCCAGGAAUUCGGGAUGGUCCCGCCGGGCCCUGCAGGGGGAGCGCAGCCCUGCUCGCAGUGUCAUCUGCGUCCCUCCGAGACAGUUGUUCAAUUAUCCUGGCGUGUUUAUUCCAAGUUUUUACGUUUUGUUGGUUUAUAAACCGUGGCGAUGCAGAGCGGGUUGAAAUCUCA